AUAAAAAAAUCAUCAAGAUAAAUACGAGUUGAAGUGGAUCUCGAAGUGGAGCUUAUUACUUUAAUCGAAUAAUCAAACUGAACUCGAAUUAAACUUAAGCUUAAUGGAGUAUUUCGAGCUGAAGCUCAAUUUAAUGGUGGAAUGCAAACUCGUCGAAUAAUCAUUUCACGAUUCGUAGAGAGCCCUACUUUGAGUCAUAUAUACGCCGUCGAAACUCGAAACCUUAAACCUCUUGCAGGAUUUAAAGCAGCUGAGCAUUCGAGAGAAACAACAAAACCUCGAAACGCGAUGACGUGGAGGAGGGCUCUAUUGUGCGCGGGUGGCGUCGCGCACCAACUACUGACACAGCCCUCGCGCACGAUAGCUUCGCGGCCGUUUUCGUCGACGGCGUCGUACACCGUCAAUUCAGUUAUUCUCCGCUCCCUCAAAGACCACUACAUUGAAGUCACCAAGAUGACUCCACCUCCGAAAAUUAGCCCACCUUCUCCAUAUGAAGUUGUGAAGGGGGCACUUAACAAUGGGGGUCCUGUUCUAAGGCGGAUGUUUAAUGAUGAGGUGAUCAAUGUAUCAGUUAUGAGAAUGGUCGACAUUGUUCCAGGAGGUUCUGCUGAUGAUUAUGGUGGUGAUAACAUUAAUCAAUUAUUUGUUCAUGUUGACAUUUCUAAGCCAGGGCAGCAAGAGUCUUUGCAUUUCCUUUGUGGAAUGUAUCCGGAUGCUCUUGGGAUUCAUUCCGUUUCAAUGAGACCAAAAGCAGAUUCUGGAGGGUUCCUUGUGGUCCCAUCUAAAUAUAAUGGCCCAGUCUUUGAAGAUGUAAAUGAAAAGAUUCGAGAUGCUCUCCAUAGUUAUAUUGAAGAGCGUGGAAUAAACGAGAGCCUGUUUCCAUUUCUGCAAGCUUGGCUCUAUGUGAAGGAUCACCGCAAUCUCAUGCGUUGGUUCAAAGCUGUUGGGACUUUUGUCAAUGAGAGUCACCAAGGAACCCUACAGGCCUAAGGAAUUUCUUAAUGGUCUUCUCAACUUCUGCAAACGUCAUUGAUAGAAGAUUUUGCUUCUUGAAACUACACCAAAUCUGAAAAUUAAAAUAUUCCCGGUAAGCUAGCACUUUAUCUACUGAAGUAGACCUAGUUACUGUCACUUUGGCUAUCGACUUCAUUUUGAUUUUAAGGUAUCUUUGCUCUCUGUGAAUUGGCAUAUAGUUUUUAGCAUUCACGCAACUGUUCUGAUUUCUGUGAUAAUGGUUGCUGUGUAUAGCACAUUCUGUUUCAUAAGUUGGAACUGUUAGUGCUGACUUUUUAAAA